CAAUAACAACUACUGUAUUUCUGAACGGCGUUUAGGAGUCAGAGGCGGCGUGUUUGAAAGUGAGGCAGGCGACCAACCUGUGGGACUGGAAGUUACUGACAGACACCGGAUUAAAUUCAAGUCGUAAUAUGUUUGCAAAUAUGAAGGCCUGGUUUUCAAGCAGUGUUUCACAGUCACGUCGGGAUUUUUGGCUCGUGGAAAAUGGGAUAAUUACAGGUUGGAGAACAGCAGAUUAUCUUUUCAGUGAUGAUGCUAAACACCCCGACACACUCAGUGUUUUUCAAAGCAUGGAGUAUGUCUGGGACAAGCUGACAGUUUUUCACAGCUUGUUCCUGAGUGCAUGUGAAAAGCGACAGAGUACCAAGUCAGUGAGCAUCGGUCACUAUGUGAUGCCUCCAGUCCCAGUGCAGGAUGCAGUGAGAAAUGUGAUUGGAAGGCUUAUUUGGGAGCAUGACGAACCAACUACACUGAGGUUUGCUGAUCAGGCUGCCAACAGUGAUUCCUCUUCUAGCAGGAAUGACGCAUUUAGUACAUGCACAUCUGCGAGUGAACCGUGCACAUGUUGCGAUUUAAAGGAUGAUCCAAUCGGGGACACUGUUACAGGAGCAUGUCAGUGUGUGCAGCCUGCAAAAGUGUGUUGGUGAGACGCCUUCCAAGUUGUUUUUCCGUGCUCCAAGUCUAACACCCACAUAUGCAUGCCAAAGUCAUAAAGAGAACAAAUGUAAUUCACUGGAAAUGAAAUGCUCUUUCUUUAUUUCAAAGUGUCAGCAUGUGAUCGAUUUUGCACAUUCACGUGAUAUUCCCAUGAUGUAAUUCUGACAUACAUACCACCUUGUGUUGCGUCUGACUUAAUCUGAUUGAUUUUAUCGUGAGAAUACACGUGAUCAAAUAAAUACUUUAGCUCGU